UGCCAGGCUGGGUGUAUGUCUGCGGGCCGAUGUGGAUGCGGGGCCGCCCCUGCCCUCACAAAAUGGGCGCCGAUCUCGGCAGCGGCGAAGCUCCGUGUUCCCGCCUGUUGCAGGCCCCGCGGAGCAGAGCGGCGCGGCAGCCCCGCGGCCUACGUGUCCCGCCGGCCCCAGGCGCAGGGCCGCGUCUCCCGCGGGAGGCGGAGGAAGCGCGGCGGAUCGGGCCUCGUUUCUCCUUCCCCCUUCUCCUCCUCCCGUCCCCUGGAUCCCUCGUCGCUCCUUAUCGCCGGGCGGCACGUCGCUCUCCCCGCCCCUCAGCGCCGCAGCGGGCCGAGCGGCGGCGGCGGCGGGGUCACGGCGUCGGCCGGGUCAGAGGGUAAAGGUUGCUCCCCCAGCAUCCUCCGUGCUGGAUACUCAGCCAUCUUGGAUCCGCGGGACAAGAAAAUUCAUGCGGUGACAAACAGCAUGUUUGGUGCUUCAAGGAAGAAGUUUGUAGAGGGGGUUGAUGGUGACUACCAUGAUGAAAACAUGUACUACAGCCAAUCAUCGAUGUUCCCACAUCGGUCAGAAAAAGAUAUGCUGGCAUCACCAUCAACAUCAGGUCAGCUGUCUCAGUUUGGGGCAAGCUUAUACGGGCAACAAAGUGCACUAGGCCUUCCAAUGAGGGGAAUGAGCAACAAUACCCCUCAGUUAAAUCGCAGCUUAUCACAAGGCACUCAGUUACCGAGCCACGUAACGCCAACAACAGGGGUACCAACAAUGUCACUUCACACGCCUCCAUCUCCGAGCAGGGGGAUAUUGCCUAUGAAUCCUAGGAAUAUGAUGAACCACUCCCAGGUUGGUCAGGGCAUUGGAAUUCCCAGCAGGACAAACAGCAUGAGCAGUUCAGGGUUAGGCAGCCCCAACAGAAGCUCUCCAAGCAUAAUAUGUAUGCCAAAGCAGCAACCCUCUCGACAACCUUUUACUGUGAACAGUAUGUCUGGAUUUGGGAUGAACAGAAAUCAGGCGUUUGGAAUGAAUAACUCCUUAUCAAGUAACAUUUUUAAUGGAACAGAUGGAAGUGAAAAUGUGACAGGACUGGACCUCUCAGAUUUUCCAGCACUAGCAGACAGAAACAGAAGGGAAGGAAGUGGCAAUCCAACUCCAUUAAUAAACCCUUUAGCUGGAAGGGCUCCCUAUGUUGGGAUGGUAACAAAACCAGCAAGUGAGCAGUCCCAAGACUUUUCAAUACACAAUGAAGAUUUUCCAGCAUUACCAGGUUCCAGCUACAAAGACCCAACAUCAAGUAACGAUGAUAAUAAAUCUAAUUUGAAUACAUCAGGCAAAACAUCAUCCAGCACAGAUGGGCCCAAGUUUCCUGGAGAUAAAAGUUCAACUACGCAAAACAACAACCAGCAGAAAAAAGGGAUCCAGGUGUUACCUGAUGGUCGGGUUACCAACAUUCCUCAAGGGAUGGUGACGGACCAGUUUGGAAUGAUUGGCUUGUUAACAUUCAUCAGGGCAGCAGAGACAGAUCCAGGAAUGGUACAUCUUGCAUUAGGAAGUGAUUUAACAACACUAGGUCUCAAUCUCAACUCUCCUGAAAAUCUUUACCCCAAAUUUGCAUCACCUUGGGCAUCGUCACCUUGUCGACCUCAAGACAUAGACUUCCAUGUUCCAUCUGAAUACUUAACUAACAUUCACAUUAGGGAUAAGCUGGCUGCAAUAAAACUCGGCCGAUAUGGAGAAGAUCUCCUGUUUUAUCUCUAUUACAUGAAUGGAGGAGAUGUAUUACAGCUAUUAGCGGCAGUAGAGCUAUUUAACCGGGAUUGGAGAUACCACAAAGAAGAACGAGUAUGGAUCACCAGGGCACCCGGAAUGGAGCCAACAAUGAAAACCAAUACGUACGAGAGGGGAACAUAUUACUUCUUUGACUGUCUUAACUGGAGGAAAGUAGCUAAGGAGUUCCAUCUGGAAUAUGACAAAUUAGAAGAAAGGCCUCAUCUGCCAUCAACCUUCAACUACAACCCUGCUCAGCAAGCCUUCUAAAGACUUCCCUUUUCUUGGGGUAUGGCUGUCUCAGCACAAUACUCAACAUAACUGCAGAACUGAUGUGGCUCAGGCAUCCUGGUUUUAAUUCCUUGAGGAUCUGGCAAUUGGCUCAUGCGAAGGGUCACCAUUUGAGGUCCUGCCUUACUAAUUAUGUGCUGCCCAACAACUAAAUUUGUAAUUGUUUUUUCUUUAGUUUGAGCAGGGUCUGAAUUUUUGUUUUUGUUUUAUUUUUUUGCCAGCAGACAAGCUUGGGUCUGUAAAGACAAGCGAGUACACUGACAAAAGUUUACCACUUAGUUUUCCAAAAUGUAAAAAGUCAAAAAAUAAGAAAAAAGACAAAAAAUUAGACAACAACAAAAUUUGCAUUGUUCAUUGUAGCACUAUUGGUAAUAAAAAAUGUUUGUGCAUUUUUAUGUGAAGAUCCUUCUCGUAUUUCAUUUGGAAAGAUGAGCAAGGUUUGCUUCCUUCAUUUUACUUCCCCUUCUGUUUUUGAAAGGCAGUUUUCGCCAAGCUUAAUGCAAGAAUAUCUGACUGUUUAGAAGAAAGAUAUUGCCACAGUCUCUGGUUAGUUUCCAGAGUUGUGUAUUACUGAGCUUCAUCUUUCCAGAAUGAGCAAAACACUGUCCAGUCUUUGUUACGAUUUUGUAAUAAAUGUGUACAUUUUUUUUAAAUUUUUGGACAUCACAUGAAUAAAGGUAUGUAUGUACGAAUGUGUAUAUAUUAUAUAUAUGACAUCUAUUUUGGAAAAUGUUUGCCCUGCUGUACCUCAUUUUUAGGAGGUGUGCAUGGAUGCAAUAUAUGAAAACGGGACAUUCUGGAACUGCUGGUCAGGGGACUACUUUGUCGCCCUGUGCACUAAAGGGCCAGAUUUUCAGCAGCCAAGGACAUCCAUACCCAAGUGAAUGUGAUGGGACUUAAGUGAACUGAGACAAUUCACUCUGGCUGUUUGAACAGCAGCGUUUCAUAGGAAGAGAAAAAAAAAAAAAAAAAGAUCAAUCUUGUAUUUUCUGACCACAUAAAGGCUUCUUCUCUUUGUAAUAAAGUAGAAAAGCUCUCCUCAC